AUGGCUCGUGUAAGCAACAUUGUAAUUGCAACCCUAAACAUCAUCUUCCUCGUGGUUGGCCUAUCCAUAAUUGCUGGAGGAUUAUAUGUUCACGUGAAGGCUGUUUCCACCGCCAACACCACCGUGGCAACCGCUCUAUCCCGACAAUCUUUGCAGAAUGUUCUUUUUAUACUUGGAAGCAUUGUAUUUAUAGUUUCCUUGCUAGGGUUAGCUGGUUCUUGUUGUAGGAACAAUUUCUUGCUAGUAAUUUAUCUAAUUAUCUUGAUUUUGAUGAUCAUUGGACUUUUGUUUUUCACAAUUUUUGUUUUUGUUGUUACUAAUGAACGUGCCGGUCAAAUUGUGUCUGGCAAAGGGUUUAAGGAGUAUAGACUCGGAGAUUAUUCACAUUGGUUGCAGAAUCAUUUUGUUAAGGGAAAAAAUUGGGAUGUUCUCAGACGUUCCUUGAUUGAUGCUCAAGUUUGCAGGGCCUUUGCUGAUGAUAGUAAUCGAAAAGAUUUUUUCCACCAGAAAUUUUCUCCUAUAGAGGUGGGUUGCUGCCGGCCUCCGGCAGAAUGUGGAUUUGUGCAACAGAAUGCAACAACAUGGAUGGGGGUUAAAGCUGGCCGGGAAGUCAAGAACAGUGACUGUAAGACAUGGAGUAAUGAGCCAAAGCAGCUAUGCUACAAGUGCAAUUCAUGUAAAGCUGGGUUUCUAGCCAACAUUAAGAAACAGUGGAGAAAUUUGGCUGUGUUCUUAAUUUGUAUAACCGUCUUCAUUAUUGUUGUCUUGUCUACUGGUUGCUGUGUCAAGAGGAACAAUUACCUUGAUAAAAGAUGCUACACCAGAUUUUAUUAUGCCUGA